AUGCUUGGAAAGUGGGGGGGAGGCAGAGCCUUCCCCCCUUCGGGACUGCAGUUUGGCUGGAAGACCUUGUGUGGGACCAUUUCUGACCUCUGCAGAAAAUCCUGGCAGCCUUUCCUCCUUUUCUUCAUUUUGGGCAAGGGGGUGGGGGGUGGGCUUGGGGGAGGUGACAGGGCUGUUGUCAGUUUCCAGUUGAUGUCCAUGAAUGCUAACACAAUGAUAUUUAUGAUCUUGGGAGCCUCUAUUGUUAUGGCAAUUGCAUGCUUAAUGGAUAUGAAUGCACUUCUGGAUCGCUUUCACAAUUAUAUCUUACCGCAUCUGAGAGGGGAAGACAGGGUUUGCCACUGCAAUUGUGGAAGGCAUCAUGUGCAUUAUGUCAUCCCAUACGACGGAGACCAGUCGGUGGUGGACUCCUCGGAGAAUUACUUUGUGACUGACAAUGUCACGAAGCAGGAGAUCGACCUCAUGCUGGGACUCUUGCUGGGCUUCUGUAUAAGCUGGUUUCUGGUGUGGAUGGACGGGGUGCUCCGUUACGCCGUGCGGGCGUGGCGGACAAGCCAACGGUAUGACAACUCUUGGUCAUGGAUUCCAAAAUUUUGUAACUUCAAGGAGUUCAGAAAACGUCACCACCGGCAAUAUGACGAGCCUACCGGGAAUAUGGUGCAUAUCAAACAGAAGCUGUACCAUAACGGGCAUCCCAGUCCCAGACACCUCUGAGGAAACAAGAGACUGAGACAUGGUCCUUGAACUUGCCGUUGGCGCUCCGUCACAGGAACGUCCGUCUGCUCGUUCCUCGAUGGCUGUGGCUUAAGAACUUCCUUUUACUUACCCGAACAGUGUGCUCAGCUGGCACACAGAGA